UUAGAUUUUAAAAUUUGCUCAUUAUUUUCUUUCUCUUCUCUUUCUAGCCGCCUCUCUUUCCUCUCAACCUCGCCGCCGCCGGAGGCCCAUCAUCAUCCCCUCUUCCCUUUUCCUUUUUUUUUUUUUCAGUGUGUUCCCCCUCCUGCUCUAUAAUUGGACCCUAUUUGAAUAGUUUUGCAAGACCAAAUCCCAGAUUUUCUGGGAUCGCGAGUUGUGGUUGUGGUGGCUGGUAUGUCCGAGGAAAGGGGAUGACAAUGGGGCUGUUGACUUUGGUUGGUGAAUUUCAGUGAAGGAAGGAUCGUAUCUUAUCUUGGACUUAAUCAUGUCUUUUGAUCACAAAGGAAGAGUUAUUGUGAUUAUGGGUGUUAGUGGCUCUGGCAAAUCCACAAUAGGUGGUAUGUUUGCCAAAGUUUUGACCUGUAGCUUUCUCGAUGCUGAUGAUUUCCAUCCACUAUCAAACAAAGGAAAGAUGCGCCAAGGUAUUCCUCUCUCAGAGGAGGAUCGGAUUCCAUGGCUGGAAAUGCUACGGGAUGUUCUCAAAGAGAACUUAGUAGGUAGAAAAACUGUGAUACUUGGGUGUUCUGCUCUGCAAAAACAUUACAGAGAAAUUCUAAGAUCUGCUGAUGCUGCUUAUGUGCAUGGCAGCUAUGCCAGUAGAGUGCAGUUUGUUCUAUUGGAUGCUCAGGCCGAGGUUAUUGCUGGUCGGCUUGAGAAAAGAGCCGCAGAAGGGAAGCAUUUCAUGCCAGUAACACUUCUGCAAUCCCAACUAGACUUGCUUCACAUAGAUGACGCUGAGGGGAUAUUUAAGGUUGAUGCUACAUUGAGCCCUCAAGCCAUUGUAAGCACAAUACAAGCAUUGUUGUUCUCUGAACAACCCAUGGAUAAACAGUGCUUUUAGGAAUUCCCAAUGAAAUGUUCACAUCUUGACUUGCAUCACUGUGUUCUACCAAUGGAUCAAAACCAUUGUAAGUAAUUUGUUUUAACAACAAACCAUUGUAAUUUAUGUUGAAGAAAACCAUUUGAAAAAGGAGAUAAUUGGAUGCUCCCUAAUAAAGCUUUUUGCGGGUAAGUUCGUUAUAAAUAAAAAUUUCACGGCUUUCAAAUUAUGUAUUGAAAUUUGAGAAUCAAUUUCGACGUGGAUUAAUGGUACUGUUGAUUUAGGCUUUGAUUUGUUUUACGAAAAUUGACUUUGAAAUUAACAAUUUUUGUGAAUACUAUA